AUUACUUGAAAAUAGUAGUACAUUCACUUACUAUAGCAAAUUUUGAUAAUAUUAGAAAAAUAAUUACAAUAAAGCACCCAAAUUCUUUCAAAUUUGUGAUUGAAUUAAUUUGAUAACAUUUUAAUGCAGACUUAAAAACUCUCAAAUACUUAAAACGCAUAAUGUCUGAAUAACCUAUGAAACUAAUUUCCAUGCUUUUACAUAUAACGUUGAAGAAGCAGAAAUAACCAUGGCAGAAAAUAUAAGAUUGAAGUCUAAAUAUGAUCUACAAGACAACUAUGAACCAUCGGAUUCCGAAAAUGAAUAUUCUGCAUCAGAAAAACAAAUCAUGGAUAAAUUACGAAAAAGAAAACGACAAGAUUCUGAAAGUGAAGAUGAAGUGUAUGCAUUUUCUGAAUCGGAUGAAGAUGGUGAAGACAAGAAUGACUUAGGAAUAGCAGAUAGUGAUGUAGAGGGUCAAGAAAAAUCAGAUGAUGACUUACCUGAUUCUAAAGCUUGGGGUAAGAAAAAAAGAUCAUAUUAUUCUACCGAUUAUGUGGAUCAAGAUUACGGAGGAUUUGGUGAUGACGAAGAAGAUGCUCUCAUGGAAGAAGAAGAAGCAAAAACCAUUCAAAAAAGAUUAAUUGAACAACUCGGAGAAGAUGAUUUUACAUUGGAAUUUUUCAACAAACAAGUAGCAAAAUGUGACGAAAAAGAAACAACAAUAAAAAGUGAUAUAAGUGUAAUGUCAAAGAGACAAAAACUUCAACUACUUGAAAAAGAGAGUCCAGAAUUUUUAGGUCUUAUUGAUGAUUUUAAAUCCAAGUUAACUGUUGCAAAAGAUGACUUGCAUCCUGUUUUAGAACUUGUAAAAGGUGGAAAGUUACCAAAUUGCUCGGCUUCCAAAUUCGUCAAAACAAAUUAUGAUUUAAUUUUGAAUUACUGCACAAAUAUUAGUUUUUACUUAUUAUUAAAAAGUCAAAAAAUUAAUAUUCAGAACCAUCCAGUUAUAAAAAGACUAUAUCAGUAUAGACAAAUGCUGCAAAAAAUUGAACCUAUAUAUAUAGAAGUAAUAAAACCACAAAUAGAUAAAAUAUUAAAUGCAGUCCAAAAUAACUUAGAAUUACAGGUAAUUAAAGAUAAAGAUGAAAACAAGAAACGAAAGCCUCGAAAACAAUUGAAUGAGUACCCCACCAAAAAGCUUAAGUUAAUAAAUGCUAUCGAAAAAGAUGAUGCAGAGGAUACUGGAGUAUCUGAUAAUGACAAUGACUAUGAAGGAAGUGACUUCUUUGCAAGUGAUAAUGGAAAUACAGAUAAAAAUGUUAGUCAGUCUGAAGAAAGUGGUUUCUCUGACAAUGAUGAAGUAGAAAUUGAACAGAAUAAUCCAUCAUCAUCAUCAAAGGAGGUUAUAACGGAAGUUGGAGACAAAAGAGAAAUCACUUAUCAGAUUGCUAAGAAUAAAGGCUUAACUCCAUAUCGCAAGAAAGAACAAAGGAAUCCUAGAGUUAAACAUAAGCUUAAAUAUAGAAAAGCUAAAAUAAGGAGGAAGGGUGCAGUAAGGGAACCUAGAACAGAAAUAUCUAAGUAUGGUGGAGAGCCUUCUGGCAUUAAGGCUAAUGUUAAAAAGAGCAUUAAAAUAAAAUAACAUUUGAUUGACCUUUUAUUAUUCAAAAAAUGUAUGUAACUUUAACUUCACAAUAAAGUAACUAGUUACAAUU